CGUUAAAGAUGACCGACAGUGGACUGACUCGCUAGAGAGACUUUGAUUCAAUAAGCAGCACGCUACAGUAGGAUUUAGACUUCGAAGUGCCCAUUAGAGGGCGAACCCAAAACAGACCACCACCGGUCAAGAAUUUCAUCAGUGGGAGGCGGACAAGAGGGAGACGGACGGGUCGACCGUUUUCUUCCGCUGGAGAAUCCUGCUUGAAAGGUGAGCAGACAGCACAACACACCGCCACGGAGCAGACCAAUCCACGCCUCAAACAAUCACACUGACGCAGGCCAUCCAAGCUCGGAAGGUGCCCGGAGGAAGGGGGUCAUCGCAGGUCGCCUUAAGAAUUGGAACCGAGGAGCUUUUGUCCCUCUGCAGUUCCUGCGGGUCUGGGGGCUUCCAGCAAGGGGAACGAGGCUGGAAAUCGAGGAAGCUUCCAGCCCGCAGGACCAGGGCGCCGUGGCGACAGAGGGUUCGGGCUGUGGUGAACCCUUUGCGGCUAAGUGGAUGGGAUGGAGCCGGGACCAUCAAGCGCUGUGCCCAUGGGGCGGUACCCCCCACCCCUGCAGCAGGUGUUCCAGGCGCCCCGCCGGCCGGGCAUGGGCACCGUGGGCAAACCCAUCAAGCUGCUUGCCAACUACUUUGAGGUGGAGAUCCCAAAAAUUGACGUUUUCCACUAUGAAGUGGACAUCAAACCUGACAAGUGUCCUCGUCGGGUCAACAGAGAGGUUGUGGAGUACAUGGUUCAACAUUUCAAACCACAGCUCUUUGGUGACCGAAAGCCAGUUUAUGAUGGGAAGAAGAAUAUCUACACUGUUUUAGCUUUACCAAUAGGUAGUGAAAAGGUUGACUUUGAAGUGACCAUCCCUGGUGAAGGGAAAGACCGUAUCUUUAAAGUGUCCAUUUGUUGGCUGGCCAAGGUGUCGUGGAGGCUGCUGCAGGAGACGCUGGUCAGUGGACGUCUGCAGGUCCCUUUGGACUCUGUCCAAGCCCUCGAUGUGGCCAUGAGACACCUGGCCUCCAUGAGGUACACUCCAGUCGGACGCUCCUUCUUUUCUCCUCCUGAAGGCUACUAUCAUCCUCUGGGUGGAGGUAGAGAGGUGUGGUUCGGCUUUCAUCAGUCUGUUCGGCCAGCCAUGUGGAAGAUGAUGCUCAACAUUGAUGUAUCUGCAACGGCAUUUUACAAAGCCCAGCCCGUCAUUGAGUUUAUGUGUGAAGUUCUGGACAUCCGCAACAUUGACGAGCAGCCGAAGACGCUCACUGACUCACAAAGAGUCCGAUUCACCAAGGAGAUCAAAGGCCUGAAGGUGGAGGUUACGCACUGUGGUCAAAUGAAAAGGAAGUACCGUGUCUGCAACGUCACGCGUCGCCCUGCUAGUCACCAAACGUUUCCUCUGCAGCUUGAGAGCGGGCAGACUGUAGAAUGUACAGUGGCUCAAUACUUUAAACAAAAGUACAACCUGCAGCUCAAAUACCCUCACCUGCCCUGCCUACAGGUGGGACAGGAGCAGAAACACACCUACCUGCCCCUGGAGGUGUGUAAUAUUGUAGCAGGACAGCGGUGCAUCAAGAAACUGACGGAUAAUCAAACAUCCACCAUGAUCAAAGCCACUGCACGCUCCGCACCGGACAGACAGGAGGAGAUCAGCAGACUGAUGAAGAAUGCUAACUUUAAUCUGGACCCGUACAUUCAAGAGUUUGGCAUCAAGGUGAAGGACGACAUGGCAGAGGUGACGGGGAGAGUUCUGCCUGCACCCAUUCUGCAGUACGGUGGUCGGAAUCGUGCCAUUGCGACUCCCAACCAGGGUGUGUGGGACAUGAGAGGAAAACAGUUUUAUAACGGCAUCGAGAUCAAAGUUUGGGCCAUCGCCUGCUUCGCCCCGCAGAAACAGUGUCGGGAAGAGGUGCUCAAGAACUUCACCGACCAGCUGCGUAAGAUCUCAAAGGACGCUGGGAUGCCCAUCCAGGGUCAGCCGUGUUUCUGUAAGUACGCACAGGGAGCAGACAGCGUGGAACCCAUGUUCAGACAUCUGAAGAACACUUACUCUGGCCUUCAGCUCAUCAUCGUCAUUCUGCCUGGAAAAACACCCGUCUAUGCUGAAGUGAAGCGUGUUGGAGACACUCUUCUUGGGAUGGCCACUCAGUGUGUGCAGGUGAAGAAUGUGGUGAAAACGUCCCCUCAGACGCUCUCGAACCUCUGCCUCAAAAUCAACGUCAAACUCGGCGGUAUCAACAACAUCCUGGUGCCGCAUCAACGGUCUGCAGUGUUCCAGCAGCCAGUGAUAUUCCUGGGAGCCGAUGUGACUCACCCUCCGGCUGGUGAUGGGAAGAAGCCCUCCAUUACUGCUGUGGUGGGCAGUAUGGACGCUCAUCCCAGUAGGUACUGUGCUACGGUACGAGUCCAGCGGCCCAGACAGGAGAUUAUUGAAGAUCUUUCGUACAUGGUUCGAGAACUGCUCAUCCAGUUUUACAAGUCGACUCGCUUCAAACCCACACGAAUCAUCUUCUACCGGGAUGGGGUACCAGAAGGACAGUUACCACAAAUCCUACACUAUGAGCUGUUGGCCAUCAGGGACGCUUGCAUCAAACUGGAGAAAGAUUACCAGCCAGGCAUUACAUAUGUAGUAGUGCAAAAACGCCACCACACACGCCUCUUCUGUGCCGACAAGUCUGAAAGAAUUGGGAAGAGUGGGAACAUCCCAGCAGGAACGACGGUUGACACCAGCAUCACGCAUCCAUUCGAGUUUGAUUUCUACCUGUGCAGUCAUGCAGGUAUUCAGGGCACCAGUCGACCCUCUCACUACUACGUCCUGUGGGAUGACAAUCGCUUUACGGCCGACGAGCUGCAGAUUUUAACCUACCAGCUGUGCCACACCUACGUGCGCUGCACCCGCUCCGUGUCCAUUCCUGCACCAGCCUACUACGCCAGGCUUGUGGCCUUCCGAGCACGCUACCAUCUAGUGGACAAGGAACAUGACAGCGGAGAGGGCAGCCACGUGUCUGGGCAGAGUAACGUUCGGGACCCCCAAGCGCUGGCUAAAGCCGUGCAGAUUCAUCACGACACCCUGAGGACCAUGUACUUUGCCUAAAUCAGUUUCUUUGCGACCCUUCGCCAUGCCGGUGGGCAGACACACACCACCUCGAGCCAGUACACUGGGUGCUAACAGUUCACCUGAACAGAACUGAAUAAGAAAUCACACACUAUGUUUUGUUUAACCUGGCUGAACUAUGCUCUUUUUUUUGUUAUUUAAUUCUGUAUUUUUGUGUACUACCUUCACACUCCUACAUGUACGUAUGAAUGCAAUAUGGAGGAAAGUUUUGCAGAUGAAGCUGUUGUUUUGUAUGCCACCACAAAGCUGCCUCUUAAAGGGACAGUUCACCUAAAAAUGAGAAUUCUGUCACCGUUGAUUCACCCUCAUGUCAUUCCAACAACUCAUGACUGUCUUUCUGAAUGGUGGCUAAUAUUCUGCCUAAGAUUUGCUUUUGUGUUCCACGACAAAGAAAGUCAUACAGGUUUGGAACGACAUACAGGUGAGUAAAUAAUGGCAGAAUUUUCUUUUUUUGAUGAACUGUCCCUUUAACCAGAGUUCGGGCACUUGAUGCAGAAGCCCCGAAUGGAGGAAUUGUUUUACUAUUUGCGUUUUGCAUUAUUUUUAUUGUUGUUGAGAUUUUUUAUUUUUUUGAUAUGGUACAUUAGUUUAAAGACACCAAGUGACCAGCAUUUAUGUAUUGUUUUUGAAGCCGUACGCCACCAGAUGCACAAAUUAUGCUCAUUCGGCGAUCGACUGUAGCAUACCACAGUUGCAGGUGUCUCUCCGGUAGUGUCACGGGGGUAGCCAAUCGUAUUCAGACUCGCCUCAUUAGUUAAAGAGUGGCUGAAUUAGCAUUGCGAUAAAUGGACCACGGAGUGCAUCAGCAUUACACCGAAACCAGCAUUAUGCACCAGCCAAAUGCAAUGCCAACCGCAUAAAAGGGCCGUUGUCUUUAAGAUGUGCAUAUUUUUGCACUUGAAUCCUAUAUGCUCUUCUGGAACUGGGAGAUCUUGGCUGUUUAAUCAUUAAAUACACUUCCAGUGCUCAUUAAUCUUCCUGGCACUUGAAAAUGAAAAUGUUGUCAUCAUUUACUCAUCCUUGUGUGGUUUCGACCCCAUAUUAUUUACUUAAUUAGGGUAACACUUUAGGCUCAGUGGUUAGCACUGUUGCCUCAAAGCGAGAUGGUCUUGGGUUUGAGUCCCGGCACAGCUAGGGCCUUUCUGUGAGGAGUUUGCUUGUUCUCCACGUGUUUGCGUGGGUUUCCUCCGGGUGCUCCGGUUUCCCCCACAAGUCCAAAAACAUGCCGGUUAAGUGAAUUGGAGACUCUAAAUUGCCCCGUAUGUGUGUGAGUGAGAGUCCCUCAGCUGCUGGAGUUAUCACGAAGUGGUCCCUGCAUCUACGCAGGACAAACGCCAGGAAAGAGAAAGAGUUAAUGCUUUAGGUAUUUUGGACAAUAUUUUUAAAUUGUAUUCAUUAAUCUUGGUUUAUGUUAAUCAAUUCAAUUGUUCAUUGUUAGUUCAUAUUAGUUCAUAAUGCAUGAAUACAAAAAUUAAAAAUAGAAGUAAAUGUUGAAAUUAACAUUAACUAAUAUUAAUAAGUGCUGAAAAAGUAUUGUUCAUUGUUAGGUCAUGUUAACUAAUGUAUGUAAUUAAUACUUACGGAUAGUGUUAACGUGUAUUUUGUGAAGCACAAAAUGAGGAUUAGCACCUCUAAAUCUGAGGCCAUGGUUCUCAGCAGGAAACCGAUGGAGUGCGUACUCCAGGUAGGGAAGGAGGUAUUGCCCCAAGUGAAGGAGUUCAAGUACCUCGGGGUCUUGUUCACGAGUGAGGGGACAAUGGAGCGGGAGGUUGGCCGGAGAAUCGGGGCAGCGGUGGCGGUAUUGCACUCGCUCUAUCGCACCGUUGUCACUAAAAGAGAGCUGAGCCGGAAGGCAAAGCUCUCGAUCUACCGGUCAAGUUUUGUUCCUACCCUCACCUAUGGUCAUGAAGGUUGGGUCAUGACUGAAAGAACUAGGUCGAGUACAAGCGGCCGAAAUGGGCUUCCUCAGAAGGGUGGCGGGCUUCUCCCUUAGAGAUAGGGUGAGGAGCUCAGUCAUCCGUGAGGAGCUCGGAGUAGAGCCGCUGCUCCUUUGCGUCGAAAGGAGUCAGUUGAGGUGGUUUGGGCAUCUGGUAAUAAUGCCCCCUGGCCGGCUCCCUAGGGAGGUGUUUCAGGCACGUCCAGCUGGGAGGAGGCCUCGGGGAAGACCCAGGAUUAGGUGGAGAGAUUACAUCUCCACACUGGCCUGGGAACGCCUCGGGGUCCCCCAGUCAGAGCUGGUUAAUGUGGCUCGGGAUAGGUAAGUUUGGGGCCCCAUGCUGGAGCAGCUGCCCCCGCGACCCGACUUCGGAUAAGCGGUUGAAGAUGGAUGGAUGGAUGGAUGGAUGGAUGGACAAAAUGAGAUUUAUAAACACAACAAAAGUGGAGGCUGUUUUAAACUGCCAAGCUCCAAAAAGGAUAUGCAUCAUAUAAAAGUUGCAAUAUUCCAAGUUCGGAAGCCAUAGGAUAGCUUUGUUUGAAGAACAAAAUCUCGUUAAAAAUGGUGCCUUGGAUGCAUCGCACCAAGUUUGGCAUCACUCAUGGCAAAAGCCAUUUGUCAAUUGUUUAUUAACAAAAGAAAGAGAAAAAAUUUAAUAAAAAAAGUGUGGUUGCAGAUACAAUGGAAGUGAAUGGGGACAGUCCAUAACCAAUAAAUUGCUCACACUAUCAAAAGUGUUGCCACGAUAUGUAAACAUUACACAUGUUAACAUUAUUUGAGUGUGAUAAAAUCACAUAAUCGCCUUAUCUGUGCCAAGUUAUAUCCAAUAUUACAUUUACAUUUAUUCAUGUGGCAGACGCUUUUAUCCAAAGCGACUUAUAAUAGAGGAAAACAUCAGCGAAUCAUCUAAAGGAGACAGUGGUGCAAAAGUGCUAUAUUACAAAGUUUCACUAGCAUCAGAAUAGUAUUCAAAUUGUAUUUAUUUAUUUUUUGUUAGUGACCAGUUAAGUGCUCAUGGAGAAGUUGUGUUAAGUUGUAUUUUGAAGACAGGGAGUGCGUCUGCUUCAUGGAUGGAGUUGGGAAGGUCAUUCCACCAACGUGGUAUGAUAAAGCUGAAAGUCCAAGAAAGUAUUUUGGUGCCUCUUUGUGUUGGUACAACAAGGCGACGUUCCUAAAUGGGCGUGUAGCUCUACAGAAAUUAUUUUAGGUAUGUUGGAGCAGACCCAGUGACUGUUCUGUUAUGCCAACAUCAGAGCCUUGAAUUUGAUACGUGCAUCAACCGGCAGCCAGUGGAGAGAGACAAGGAGUGGUGUAACAUUUGCUCUCUUUGGUUCAUUAAAGAUCAGACGUGCUGUUGCAUUCUGGAUCAUUUGCAGAGGUCUAAUUGCACAUGCAUGAAGGCCUGCAAUGAGAGCAUUACAGUAGUCCAGUCUAGUUAUGACAAGUGACUGAACAAGCAGUUGUGUGGCAUGUUCAGAGUAGGAAGGGUCUUAUCUUCCUGAUAUUGUAGAGUGUAAAUCUACAUGAGAUGUGGUCUGUGAAAUUUAGUUUGUAAUCAAUGGUUACCCCUGGAUUUCUGACCGUUUUGGAAGGCGUUACUGUAGUUGAACCCAGCUGCACGGUGAUGUUGUGUUCAGCAGCAGGGUUGGCUGGAAAGACAAGGAGUUCGGCUUUGGCUUGAUAUUACAACUUUGUUGUCAUGAUGACAUAACGCUGGCAAACCCUGUAGUCUGGUAAACGUUGUAAUUGUGGUAAAUCCCAUCUUGUUGCUAUACUUUUGAAACUGUGUGUUCAUUAAUGUUGAAUGUAAUGUAGAGGUGCAAUGUGGCGUAAUUGGAGAGUAUUAUUACGCCACUGAUAAAGAACUAGAGUUUAUCGACUGGCCCCAUUCACUUCACUGUAACUGCAUUUUUUCCACAAAUUCUGUCGAUUUGAGCUUAGAGGAAUAUUGCAGGUUCAAUUCAAGUUAAGAUCAAUCAUCAGCAUUUGUGGCAUAAUGUUGAUUACCACAAAAUGUAUUUAGAUUUUUCCAUCCUUAAAAAAAAAAAAAAAAUUAAAAAAAAAUCUGAGUUACAGUGAGGCACAUAUAAUGGACGUUAAUGGGGCAACCCCAUAUUAAAAUACUAGUUAAUAUUAAAAUAUUCAUUAUUUCAAAAGUAUAGCCACAAGACAGUUUUAACAGAAUAAUUCAGAUAAAAUUAUAAUCUUCACAUUUCUGCCUUUUUAAACCCUCCAAACAUUGUCCCCAUUGACUUCCAUUAUAAGUGACUUCCAUUUUGCUUCUUUUUUAAGAAUUGGAGGGAUGAGUCCAAAUCAAUUUUAUGGUAAUCAACAUUAUGCCACAAAUGCUGUCGAUUGAGCUUAACUUUUAUUGAACCCAAAACAUUCCUUUAAAUUUGCUAUGCAAAAUAGAUUUCAGCGCUACGACGGAUGGGAAUAUUAGUAAAUAACAACUUACAUUUCGCUAUGCAAGCUAUCGUAUGGCUUCAGAAAACUUGGAAAAUAGCGAACAAUUUAUAUGGACUACCUUUAUGAUACUUUUAUGGAGCAUUUUUGAAGUUUGGUAAUAAAAAUUCGCCAUACACUUUUGUUUACAUGCUUGCUAAGCGCCGACCACCUGCCUUACUCCUCUCUUUACGCUUCAUGGAAGAAAGACAUUUUCAUUUGCGUUUGGAACGACAUGGGGGAGGAGGCUGAAACGAUCUAAAGGAAUAUUUCACCCAGAAAAGAAAAUGUUGUCAUCUUUUACAGCCUCCUCCCCCAUGUCGUUCCAAACGCAAAUGACUGUCUUUCUUCCAUUGCUUUGUUUACAGCUGUAAACAAAGCAAUACAUGGUCAAUGAGAGCAGCUGAUGGAGAAACCCGUACGGCACAUUCAAACUGCUAUAGGAGGUUGAGACGCACACGUUACGCUGCCCAUUUGUAUCUACCAAGAAAUCGAACAAUGCAGGAUGUCUUUUUGUAUAUAGCUACCCACAACCUUCCCACACACUGGCUUGUGAAAGCUUUGCUUUCCUAUUGGACCGUCAACAACCCACAUCACUCCCACCCUUGCGUAGUCCUGCAUUGUUUUGAAAGGUGCCGUCAGGAACACUGCCACAUUCCCUGCCCACCUCACAAGCACCUUUAACCCCUCGCCUGAUGUCCGUUGAUGCAGUGAGCAUGUUGGGCAUGCAGGAAAACGCCUUUUACACACGUUAGGGGCACAUUAUGCCAUGUAAUCAUGUCAUAUGGUGGAUGUAUGAAUUGCAUGUUUAAACUGAACUUGUUGUGACUGUAGACUCUCAGUAAGCACGUGAAGACCGUGCCCUUAUUCAUUUGAUGCCAUACAUUCCCAUUUGGUUUAAAGGAAUAGUUUGUCUUAUUUACUCACCCUCAUGUUGUUCUGAAGCCUGUAUGGUCUAUGCCUUUGUUUUGUUUUACAUACAGGUUUUGAACAACAUAAGAGUGAAUAAAUAAUGAUAGAAGGUUCUUAAUGCGUGAACUAUUCCUUUAAUGAAACCUUUUGUGGAUUUAUUACAACGUUCAAAGGUUGCAAAGGUUCUCCACAAGGCGGCAUUGUCAUAAAAUGCCUCAACUCGGCCUCAAAGCGCCUGAAAAUGUUUGGUUGAAAUUCAAAGGGAUUUUAAGAUGUAAAAGUUUACCAUGUUUUAUUUUGACUUAUGUUUAUGAAAUGUAUACAAAGACAUGCCUUUAUAUAGUAGGUGAUUUUAUGGGUUCCCAACCGUUUAUUGAUCUGGUCUUUAGACUAAAUAUUCUGAUGCAGUACAUGACUCUCAAAAACCACAAGGCACCACAGGGGUGAGGAACAUAGAGGUGCAAUGUGGCGUAAUUGGAGAGUGAACUUAACCCGACCUCACUGUUGAAGCAAUAUUACACCACUGAUAAAGAACUGUCCUUGUUAUAGCACUUCCCAAUAGAUUCAAUAAAUGAACACAUGAGCAGGACGUUUGGGCUCUGUAUAUAACGGUGAGAGGACUUUGUUCGGAACGGUUAUUUUUUAAAGAAAAUAAAAGUUGUUUUUUAUUAAAUACUUUGU